AUGUUAUUACCAACUAAUAACAAAGAAUUUAUUAAUGAUCCACAGCAAAUACGAAAGUUUGCAAUUAAAGAAAUGUUUGAAUUUUGUCAUACAAAUGACUUGUUUGAAGUAUGGUGUUAUUUGUGGAAUGAGUG